ACCUCGCGGCCUUCAGUCCCAGCUGAGCCCCGCGAACGCCAACACGCUUUCGCGACGCCCACUCUUGCUGUAAUACGUCGAGGCACAACACGCGAUAGUGACCGCUUGCGCUUGCGCGCCCUUUCUCUCACCAAGUGUGAUCGUGCUUCGGUACGUGAAUGCAAAAACGGACUUCUCUAUUCAUACGAUACACCUACAAGGAAUCUGCGGUUUGGACCUCUGAAAUAUUUCAACAGUUGGAGAGGGCUGGCCUGCCAUUCCCCCGGUCCCCGCAAUCCGCCCGCGGGGCUACGUAGCGCCACGACGAUUACAAACACGUAGGCAAAAGGAGGUAACACGGCAUGACGGCUACGCACGGUGGAGGACGAGAAGAUGACCGUCCGGAUAAAGAUUCUGUGUACACAAUAAGGACUGGCUUCAAAAACGAUGGCUAUCAGCACGACCGCGACUCCGACGAUAUCGUCAAGCCCCCACCUCUCCCGACCGAAGAGGACAGUUAUCCCACCGGAAAAGUCAAACUGUCACGGAACGAGAAAUGGAGAAUACUGAAGAAUGUGGCGGCCGUCAGCGCCGCCUUCAUGGUGCAGUUCACUGCUUUCCAGGGAACCGCCAAUUUACAGUCUUCCAUUAAUGCCGCUGAUGGGUUAGGGACAGUUUCACUAAGUUCCAUUUACGCAGCCCUUGUAGUCUCAUGUAUAUUUGUUCCCACGUUCCUCAUCAAAAGACUUACUGUGAAAUGGACUCUGUGCUUGUCCAUGCUUUGUUACGCGCCGUACAUUGGCGCACAGUUUUACCCAGCGUUCUACACGUUGGUGCCAGCGGGGGUGGUGGUGGGCCUGGGAGCAGCUCCUAUGUGGACGUCCAAGGCUACAUAUCUAACGCAAGCUGGAAGUGUCUACGCUAAGCUGACUGAUCAAGCCGUCGACGGCAUCAUAGUACGAUUCUUCGGCUUCUUCUUCCUUGCUUGGCAAACUGCUGAGCUUUGGGGAAACUUGAUCUCUAGUUUAGUGUUCUCAUCAGGGGUGCAUAGUGGCAACACGUCGACGGACAACUCAAGCAGUACGCUGCUGAAGUGUGGCGCCAACUUCUGCAUGAUCGGAGGUGGGCACCACGACAACCAGAAUCUGCACCGGCCUCCAGACAGCGAGAUUUACGAGAUCAGCGCCAUCUACUUGGCCUGUGUACUGGUGGCUGUGCUUAUGGUCGCGCUGCUAGUCGACCCGUUGUCUCGGUAUGGAGAAAAGCAAAGGAAAUCGGACCCGUCAAAGGAGCUGAGCGGUAUCCAGCUGCUUUCAGCCACCGCCUACCAGCUCAAGAAACCCAACCAGCAACUGCUCAUCCCCAUCACCCUGUGGAUCGGGAUGGAACAGGCCUUCAUCGGUGCUGACUAUACCCAGGCAUACGUCUCAUGUUCGCUGGGCAUCCGUUCCAUCGGCUAUGUGAUGAUUUGUUUCGGCGUAGUUAACGCCCUCUGUUCUUUGGUCUUCGGGUCCGCCAUGAAGUACAUUGGAAGGUUCCCGAUCCUGAUCAUGGGCGCGGCCCUGCACCUGGGCCUCAUAGUGUGGCUCCUCAUCUGGAUGCCAAACCCUAACUCCCCAACAGUUUUCUUCGUGAUUUCUGGCCUCUGGGGCGUCGGCGAUGCCGUGUGGCAAACUCAAAUUAACGGUUUAUACGGAGUUCUGUUUAGACGGAACAAAGAGGCAGCCUUCUCAAACUACCGCCUUUGGGAGAGCGCGGGCUUCGUAGUUGCGUACGCAUACUCCACACACCUGUGCGCGCGCAUGAAGUUGUAUGUCAUGAUGGUCGUGCUUCUUAUUGGCUUCAUGGGCUACAUCAUUGUGGAGAUCCUGCAUAAGAGAAAGGCCCGCCGUCUGAAAGCCAUCGCCGAGGACCCCGCUAUCGCCGCCGAAGCUGCCAAGCAGCCUCCUGAAGAAGACGACGAAAAGGACGAAAUUGAUGAUGAAAUUGAAAUCACACAUUUGUAAAGACAUGCACGGCCAAGGCGACGGACCCUGCGCCUGCGCUGCGCACCUGCGAACCGUGGCGCUCCGGCAGCCAAUGCCGAUUCAGCGCUCGAAUCGCUUGCGCACAGAAUUUGCCAUACUUAUAUCUACAACAUAUGGUAGGUACAAAUCAAACAUGUUGAAAUGAGCAGACAUUAAUUGUAAUUUCUGGUAUAAUUAGAUCUAUUUAUGUAUCCAAUAAUUAAGUGAAGAAGACACUUUUGAAAACAUAAAAAUUGCAAGUACAAAUGUUUCUACGGCCGUUUAACGAGUUCUACCAAACGAUUUACUAAAAUACUACAGUUACGAAUUUUUACUUUAUAUGUACUUACAAAACUUUGUGGCCUACUUGGCUUCCAUAGACCAUAAGUAAAAACUUUAGAUGAUAUUGUCGUCUCUUUGAUCUUAGCGUUCUCCCAGUUUCUUCCCUAGCCGUUGAGCGUCGAAGCCCAGGGUCCGCUAUAUUAUAUACAAUACACUAUCUAUAUAUUGUCAACUCUAAAGUUUCUACAUAUCGCAUGAAAGGUUGCAUGUAACCAUAAAUAAGAGAUACUGCACAAUAGUAUUGUACCAAUACUAUCGUGCAGUAUCUCUAUUAUGUAUUUAUUCCCAUAAAUUCGAGCGCAAACCCAUCAACUUAAUUGGCUAUUUUGUAGUCAAAUCUAAUAGGUAUUUAAAAAACAAAAAUAUGGAGCUAAUUAUGACAAUGAUAUCCUCAGACAUCAUAUUUUUUAUUCCUAAUAAUACUUAAUGAGAACGAAUAAGUAAUAUCAUGCAAAUAAUAAAACUGAUGAAUUAAUAUGACAUCUCAUCUCGUGUUUGAUUAUUGAAAUAACUAAUUUGCAUUUUAUUGUUACCCAUAAAAUAGCCAAUCGGUGGGUUUAUGCCAAAUAUACUGUAAGUGUACAAGUGUAACCAACACAUGCAACCAACAUGCUGACUAUGUCAAGCUAAGGAUGUUGUAACCUCAUUAAAUACAGGUUUUCUGUACUCUGAGGCUUCGACUUGGCGUGCACAAUACAUCCCGUAACAAGAGCAGGGUUUCACAGUUUAUUUCGUUAAUUUAAUUUUAUGUUACAUAAUGUUUGCCCGCUCGUCCAUUUGAUUGUAUCUAUGAAACAAAGUAUCGAUUUUCGCGUAGUGGAAAUUCUGUAUAUUUCAAUAACUACAUGACGCUAAUUUGAAAAUUAUAAUGGAUGAAGUGUGCACGCGAGAUCACUCGCGUCAAUUAUUAUGAACAAUAAUUAAAAGAAACAGCUGUGCUCACUCGGUUUAUUCAAAUUAAGCACUAUUGUCUAUCUGUGUGUAUUCAAUUCUCUUUUUUGUUCUUUGUUAAACAAAUGCAAGUGUAUUUCCGCAGAGAGUUUCGAGUUCCAUGGUUGUUUAGUGUGCAGAAAAUAUAAAUCUCAGUACAAAGUGCUCAACUUAAGAUUUUUAUUUCCUGAACCCGAGAAAUAUGAAUUUACUUGAAUAGGCAUAAAUAUUUUUUUUUUUACGAUUUGUCUUUUAAACAUAUUAUCUGUUACUUAAUAGAUAUAGUACCUAUGACAACGGUAAGUAUAGGUUCACAGGUACAUACAUUUGAGAAUUAAAGGUACUUAAAUUUUACAGAAAGUUAUAUAUGCAGCUAACUCGGUUAAAAAUUAUAUUUAUUAUUUAUGUUAUUGUAAGCAACCUUGUUAAAUGUUGUAGUACAAUAUAAAAAAUAAACUACAAUUAAGCCUAAACCUUUCAAUGAAAUUAACAAAAUAUUUUUCUAAUUGUAUAUAUGGACAUUAAUAAUCAUGAAGCACGCCCUCGAAACGAUUAGCUUUUCGUCGUCAUAAUGUAUCGUCUUCGAAUUUGGUAGGUACAUCACAAUAGGCAGAUUCGACGGCCCAAUGAGUUCUAUAUUUAGGUUACCUUAAGUCGUAGGUAUGAUAUAUUUGUAUUAUGAGUAUAUUUUUACCUACAUAAAUCUGAAAUGUAUUACUUAUUCAUUUCUGUGAUACCUAUAGCCUGAUUAUUAAUUCUACGGAAUUCUGACAGAUGUCAUGUUUCGACACUUCAGAAAAGAUAAACCUUUGGGUAUUUCGAAGUAGAAUAAAAAUAUAUAUAAUCGAAUUAAAUUAAAUAAACAAGGAUUUACUUAACAUUUGAUUAAAUUCCGUUAUAUAUUUUUCAUUCUAUUUAAUUGCAGUACCAUUGAGAAGUACCUAAGAUUUUAUAAAGUGGUUUUCCGAAAAAAAGUUUGUUACACAUUAUGAAUUAUAAACAGGCAUUAAUUAUAGAAAAAAUAUUUCCCAAAUAAUCCCAAAUCUUACUACAAUAUUUUUCAAUUUUAAUUCGACCGUUUAAAAGUUGGUAAGUAUGUUGUUACCACAUAGAAAAUGUCAGAAUUCCGCAAUUAAAAAUCAGACUUUACACUGUUUGAAUUUUCGUUGUACUUCUAAUGAAAAAGAUAACUUUUUUAUUAACAAAAAUAUAUGUGAUGGACUGCACAAUUUCGUUGCAUUGUUGAGAAAGAUAAAAUAUAAGAUAUAUUACAGAGGAAACUAGCACUGAAGGCAUAAAUUUAGCCCUUUGUUUUUUAUAAAUUUUCAGAUAAAUAAAAAAUGUAGGCCAUAAAAUAUAAAAGUAAAUCAGUAUGAAACAUUCUAGUUUAAACUUCUUAAAAUUAUAUGUAAAAAUAUAUAUAUAUAUAUAUAUAUAUAUAUAUUGUCCUAAUUCAUAUAUUUUCAUUUUCACUUGGACAUAGAUCGGUACAACGAAAGCAUACAAAAAUACAUGAGCAACAUAACGUACUCAUAUCAGAUUAAAGGUGAUGUGAUAUUUUUAUUUAAAAUUUAUAUAUUUCACGUUUGGCUAGCGCAUGUAAUUACUGGACGGCGAAGAUUAUUAUGUUCACGAUGAUUAUAUAAGUACUUGUUGCAAUACCACGUAUUGUUAUUGGUUUGACUUUUAUAAAUAAAUCACACAAUCUCAGUAGGAAUGUUAGAAAUAUAUGUUACCUAGAUCAAAUAAAUUAAUAUAAAUCUAUAGAUAGCUACAUUAAAAAUACGUAGUUAUUUAAGUGUGUAUUACUGUGUAUAUUCAUCAUGUGUGUUUAUCGUUAAUAUUAAAUGGUAUGCUUGUUGAAAUUCUGAAAUUGGAAGGUUUUGCCAGAAGUUGUCAGACUUCAAGUCAAAAGCUAGGAAAGACUUAGAGAAAAGUUAUAUAUUUUACAGAAGGAUCAUAUGUAUUAAAAAAUAGUAUUAAAAAAUUGACCAAAUUGCAUAUUGGUACGCUUCUAUGAUGUAUAGACUAAUUCAAAUAAAUUGUACUAGACCUUGUAUCCGCGAUGGUGUAAGUUAAGGUUACAAGUGUUCCCAACUUUACCUCUAAAAAAUAAAAAAGAAUAUUACCUAUUCAAAGAUUCUUGAUGACAACGUAAAGCGACAUUGUUUGGUUUACCUAUCUCAAAUAGAGUUUAAGUCAUAAUUAUUCCUGCAGAAAAACUAUGAUAUUUGAUUUAUCAGGGUAUCUUAGCUAACUUAGGUGCUAGAGGUACUUCUCAAAAGCAUUUUUGUGCAAAACAGAGCAUCUUGUAGUUGUACUCCUGUGUAUGAUAUUCAAUGUUUGUACAAUCGGAUAGGUAUAUAAUUUUCGAUUUGAUUAAACCAACAUUUAACAAAAUUAUACCAGUGCAGAUCAAUUUAUGGAAAGAGUGAUCCUUUAUUUAUUACCUAUAUAAUUAUUUAAUUUCAUUUUCUUAUAUCUAAACACCUAUCUAUGAGAGAAAUAGGUACACGUAUUUUAAAGAUUUAUGAUAUAGCUAAUUAUUGUUUAGUAGAUAUAAUUUGUUCUUUUUAGGUUAUAAUAUCAAAUUUUUAUAUUAUUAUUAUUUUUUUAAUUGCAUUUCCGUGAUGAUUUCCAUAGAUCGGUAUGAUAUCAUAAUAGGUACUUCAUUUGAAUAAUGUGAAUCUCAAGGUCCGUAAAAUUAGAAGAUUUUUAUGAAUCCUGUGAAAGUUGUCGUUUAGUGUUACGAGGUCACUGUUAAUACAAAAUUUGCAAGAUUUACGUAUAGACACAAUUUACAUAAAAAUAAUAUUAUAACUCUUAUAGUAAUGAAAAUUAUCUGAGCGACAUAAUCACAUUUCGGUAGCUAAGUAAAAUACAAUUAAAUAAUAAGAAACUGAUGUCGUCCUGGCACAGUCCAAAUUAAUGUACAGGCGCCAGCACAUCUACCCGAAUUCAUUACAAAUUGGCACUUCGGCAUAAACAUCCAAACAGGGUAACUUGAUAUGCUAUCGACUGUAGCUUACGAGUGGCAAAUUUUACUUUACUUCAAAAAAUCAAAAUCUUUAUAGCGCACUCUUAUUGGGUGUUGUUAUUCUAUGCUCAGAAUAUAAUUAAAUAAUCCCAAUAUAUUGCCAUAAGCUUGAAAUCACAGAAAUCUAAAUUGUAUUUUAAUUUAAAUAGAAUGGCAUUGUCGCUUAUUCUGCUACCCGUUAUAAUGAUCUACUAUGUAAGCGUUCAACAUUAGAACAAUUUUUAAAAGUCACCUGUGAAAGGGGUUUGGGUAAAGCUGGCGCCAUUUUGAAUUUUCGCAACCACUCAACUGCUGUCUUAAAGCGUAUCGGUACAUUGCAUUAUUUAUUUUAAUUUUUUGUUGAUCUAUGGUACAAUUUGAAAUAAUACACUGCCUAUGCCUUAAAAGUCCUUGGUGGCAAACAAAUUAAUUGCCAUAAAAUCCGAUAUAGUUUAGCCAUAAUCGCAUGUCUCAGGUCUCAUGUAAGUACUCCAUAAUAAAGUUUCAGUUGAAUAUUCUUUCCAAAAAAACAUUAUGGUCUAUGCAAAAUUAUCCAAACCCCUAUAUGCGACAGCAGCGACGCGCUCACCGGUUAAAAAGAAAAAACUAGCGAUAUGCUCUCUUUAUGCGAUUUAAGAUUCCCACGGGAAUAAUAACAAAAAUAAUAUAUAACAAUUCUUCCGAUUCUGAAUGACUGCAUAUGCCAUUUCUAUAUAUGUUAACUUUGAUAUUAUUCAAAUUUCUGUGUUUGGCUUAUAGGCACUACGGUAGAAUAACAAACCACGUGAUAUUUAUGAUUUAGACUAUUUUAAAUUAUAGAUAUUGAUGUAAAUUAAAUAUUAAAUAAUAAGUAGUUGUAGCUAAAUAUAGGCGUAAUAAAUAAAUUGCUAUAUUUCGUAGAUAACACAUUAUUUUGUUGGAAUACAAUAAUUAUGUUACUUUAUUAAUGAUGAAUCAUGAGUUUGUGAUGAAAAUAAAGAUUGAAAAUGUUUGGUCA